AUGGGCAUCGAGCGUCCCAAAGUCGACCUCAUCGAUCUUGAGAACCAAGGCAAGGUCGUCGACACAAUCACAAAGGACACACCAGACAACAUUGCCAUGCAAGGACGCUUCAAGUCCGGCACUCUCUUGAACUACGACCUCCGCUCCGCUGCUCCCUUCCCCGGUGAGCCUGGCUUGAGAUGGACCAUCAACGGAGAGAAGGGCGAGAUCCUUGUCACCAACCCAUCUGCCAUGUUCGAUAUUACUCACGACGGCGUCAAGAUCCAGCUCCACGAGGCAGGCAAGGACAAUGCAGAGACUAUUGACCUGCCCUCUGACAACUUGUCCGACCUCAAGCAUCCUUCGCAAAACGUCGGCAGACUAUACGAGGCCUACGCCAAGGGAGACACCAAGUCUUACUGCGACUGGAAGCUGGCACUCAGACGUCAUGAGUUGAUUGAGGAGAUGUUCCAGAGAGGUGACGGAAGCAAGCCUUUCGGCGAGAAGGCUGCGUACUUGUCAAAGGAGAGCUCAUCGAGCGGCGAAUCUACUGGUUCGAUUCAGGACAGCAACGCUGAGGUCGAUGCCGAUGCUCAAGGUACUAUCAUCGCUGACAGAGAGGUAAAGCCUCGCGAGAUCACACGUGAGGCUGGGUCUGGAGGAGCCCAGACCACAGUCCAAUCUCUUGAAGCAGAGGGCUUCGGUGUCUCGUCAGGACCUAACGAUCUGAGCAAGAAUGCAGGCAACCGCGAUCUUGCUUCGUAA